AUGCCUGAGAUCGCGGAAAUUGCGCGAGUGGUCCAUUUCCUUCGCAAGCAUCUGGUAGGCAAGAAGAUUGCCAAGGUGCAAGCACCAGACGAUGCGUCAAUUUUCGGGAAAGUCGGCACCAGCGGCCCAGCUUUUGAAGCUGCGUUGAAGGGCAAGAAAGUGGUGUCCGCAGGCACCCAGGGCAAGUAUUUCUGGUUGAUACUUGAUAGCCCUCCUCAUCCGGUGAUGCACUUUGGUAUGACAGGAUGGAUUCACAUCAAGGGUGAUAAGACUGCAGAUAGCAGCUACUACAAGAGGACGAAGCCCGAAGAUGUUGAGGCAUGGCCACCUAAAUUCUGGAAGUUCCAGCUGGAGACAGAAGGAAACCCGAAAGUCGAGGUUGCAUUCACAGAUCCCAGGCGAUUUGGUCGUAUUCGUCUAGUUGACUGUCCGGGGGCCGAGAUUCGGAAGAACUCUCCUCUGGUAGAGAAUGGACCAGAUCCAGUAAUUGACCUCGAUGUCUUCACCGAGGAAUAUCUACGCAAGAAGAUGCAGAGUCGGCACGUACCUAUCAAAGCUCUCAUACUGGACCAGGCAGUCAUCAGUGGCAUAGGGAAUUGGGUUGGCGAUGAAGUCAUGUACCACGCCAAACUUCACCCUGAGCAAUACUGCGAUGAAUUUAAUGACAAACAGAUUAAGCAGCUAUUCGAAUCGAUACGGUAUGUAUGUCAGACCGCUGUUGACAAGCUUGGAGAUGCAGACGAGUUCCCUGGGGAUUGGCUUUUCAAGCAUCGAUGGGGAAAGGGAACGAAAGGAGGCUCAACUUCCUUGCCUAACGGCGAAAAGCUUGCCUUUAUCACAGUCGGCGGAAGGACUAGCUGUUACGCACCAAAUAUCCAGAAGAAAACUGGACAUGUCCCUCCAGGCAUCAAGGAAGAACCUCUGGAGGCUGCAGAAACCGGCAGUAAAUCAACCAAGUCCAAGAAAGCUAAGAAAGAAGUCGAGGAAGAUGUCAAACCAGCAAAAUCUCGCAAGAACAAAAAAAUGGAAUCGGAGACAGAUGAUGAGCAGCCAAGCAAGAAACCCAGAACUCAGAAGGGUACUACCAAGGCUGUGGCUAAAGCGGAACCUUCAAAGAAGGCAAAGAACGAGAAAAUGGUGAAUUCGACACCAGAUACCGGGCGGCGACGAUCAGGGAGGCUCGCACGAUAA